UUUUCUUCUCUCGGUGAAGCCCAAGCUAGCAAAGGUAGAAAUGAAGUUUGAAAAGCUCAUAAAUAAGCUCUGUUUGUUCUAAAACUUGGGAAACUUUCGUCUUUCUACCUUACAGCUACCUGCAUGGUAAAGAAAGCUUCACUAAAGCAAGAAAAAGCAAGGUGUGUGUGUGUGUGGGGUUUCUUACCCCACGGUGCCACCGUGCAGCCACCCUCGGGUGCACAGUGAGAAGAAGCACUCCAUGACGGCGUGGCGGAGAUCGGCGGCUGACGCCAAGCGGGCCUGCUGAGAGGCGCACGCCCGCUCGGCCUCCCUGAAACCCAGAAAGCUGGAGGAAUUGCUGAGCUCCACCACGAACACUCGGCCUCCAGAGAAAAAGAGAAGGAAAAAACAUUUUAUUUAUUUAUUGCACUUUUUAAUAGACAAAAUUAUCUGUGACAUGUACAAAAAAAACCCACAACAAUUCUUUCAGAUGAGAGAUUCAUGGUAAAUAGUGAAAAUAGUUUAGCAUUUACCUUUAUUAACAUAUUUUUUGUAUAGAUUAUGAAAUAUAACAAUUAAAUAAAACAAAUGAAACCUUUUAAAAACGGACAAUUCCCAAAUGUCUCACAUCUCAAAUAUUUUUAAAAUUUUUUACAUUAAAAAUACAUCUAUUUUAUUACAAUCGAAUUACAAUUAAUUUCAAAAAUAAUAAAUAAUACAUUAAUAUUUAUUUUUAAUUAUUUAAUAAUCUCUAUAAUAAUAUUGUUUACCAUUUAAAAAAUAUUAUUUUCCCAAAUUCUCACAUUCCAAUUUUUUUUCAAUAAAGUGAUUAUAAAAAUAAAUAAUACAUUGAUUAAAUACAAUUACUUACUUUUUAAAAACAUUACAUUCCCAAAUGUGUCACGUCCCAAAUAUAAAAAAAUGCCUUUUUUUCUAAAAUACACUUAAUUCUUGUAUUAAACCUACACUAAACUAAUAUGUGUCCAAAUGCGCCUCUCAUAUUUAACCACAAAUUAUCAUCCAAAAUGAAGUGAAUUAUUGUUAAUUUGUUCAUUAGAUGCCAUUUACUGCAUUUCCCCGGUAAUUAGCACCUCAUUUACACGUCAUUAAGGAUGUGCCAAACACACACAGGGGUGACUGCACUGGUCUUUAUAGAAAUAUAAAGAAAUACAUAUAUGCAAAAGAUCAAAGAUGUUUGUCUUUGAUAGCACAGUCACCAAAAAGAUGUUAGAUUGCAUGUCAUUCUUCACUUAAAAGCUACUGAAGAUGAUUUCUGCCAUAAUUUAUCACAUUUUCUUGCUGUACUCACCGUCCGCAUGUACAACAGAAGCCAAGAAAAGGCAAGAAAAGCAUCCAAAGAGGCCCAGCAUCCUUUCACCCUCAAUAAACGUCACCUUUGUCCCAAGUUCCGAAAAGAAAGCGUCCAAAGAGUGAGAGCCGUAUCCUGGAAGUCAAUCUCUCAGGCUUCAGAAGGACGAGACGUUCCUCCAGAGGCUGCAGAGGUGUCACGGUCCGGAUGUCGCCUGAUUUGACACCGCUGGACUCUUUCCUGUGGGGCCAGAAGCGACCUGGGGGCACCACUACAAGAUCUCCACGAUAUUGAACAACGAAUCAGAGAUAAGUCCUGCGAUGAGACGGCGAGCUGGGGAGCCGCCGGCCUACGAAAAGAGCUACGUGCACAGCCUUCCCGGAGCACCCACAGCGCCCUCGCACAGCGCCCGGGCGACGGGAGCCUCGCUUGCGGCUGGCAGGAGGAGAAGGAAACGAGGCGGAGGAGGACCCUGGCUCGGCUCGACUCGGCACUGCUCGGCUCCCGCACCACAGCCACCACCACCGCCUAAACCGGAGCGAAAAUAAAACGGCGACAGAGACAGCUGCGCCGAGCGGCUCGGCCGGGGUCGACGCGGCUCGCGAGCAGGGACGCCGCAGACAUGAACGGCAUCACCAAGGGCCGCUUCGAGGUGUUCUCAAACAGCGAUGAAGCCCCCAUUAACAAGAAGCUCCCCAAAGAGCUGCUUCUUAGGAUAUUCUCCUAUCUGGAUGUGGUUACACUCUGUAGGUGUGCCCAGGUAUCCAAGGCAUGGAACGUUCUGGCCCUGGACGGCAGCAACUGGCAGAAGAUCGACCUUUUCAACUUCCAAACGGACAUCGAGGGCCGCGUGGUGGAGAACAUUUCCAAGCGUUGCGGAGGCUUCCUGAGGCAGCUGAGCCUCAGAGGCUGCCUCAGCGUGGGGGACGCCUCCAUGAAGACAUUUGCGCAGAACUGUCGAAACAUCGAAGUGCUGAACCUGAACGGCUGCACCAAGAUCACGGACAGCACCUGCCUCAGCCUCAGCAAGUUCUGCUCCAAGCUCAAGCACCUCGAUCUCACCUCCUGCGUUUCCAUCAGCAACCAUUCCCUCAAGGCUCUCAGUGACGGCUGCAGAAUGCUGGAGAUGUUGAAUCUGUCCUGGUGUGACCAGAUCACACGCGACGGCAUAGACGCUCUGGCUCGAGGCUGCGCAGGUUUACGAGCGCUGUUCCUCCGAGGCUGCACGCAGCUGGACGACGGCGCCUUGAAGCACCUUCAGAAGCACUGCCAAGAGCUCACCACCAUAAAUAUGCAGUCUUGCGUGCAAAUAACGGACGACGGCCUGGUGAGUCUGUGCCGGGGAUGCCACAAGCUGCAGAUCCUGUGUGUGUCUGGCUGCAGCAACAUCACCGACGCCUCCCUCACUGCACUGGGACUCAACUGUCCCCGACUCAAGAUCCUUGAAGCGGCCCGCUGCUCCCAUGUGACAGACGCUGGGUUCACCGUGCUGGCCAGGAACUGCCACGAGCUUGAAAAAAUGGACUUAGAAGAAUGUAUUUUGGUGACGGACAACACCCUGGUUCAACUGUCCAUCCAUUGCCCUCGCCUGCAAGCAUUGGUAAGCAUCACCUCCAACAUGGCUUCUUUUCCCGCCUCCUUCUGCCCUCACCGCGUGUCGUCGUCGCCGUCCUCCUCCUCCUCGCAGUCCCUGUCUCACUGUGAGCUGAUCACGGAUGACGGCAUCCGGGCGCUGAGCGGCAGCGCCUGCGGCCAGGAGCGCCUCACGGUGGUGGAGCUGGACAACUGCCCCCUCAUCACCGACGUGACCCUGGAGCACCUGAAGAGCUGCCACCGGCUGGAGCGCAUCGAGCUCUACGACUGCCAGCAGGUCACCCGGGCCGGCAUCAAGCGGAUCCGGGCCCAUCUUCCAGAGAUCAAGGUCCAUGCCUACUUUGCCCCGGUCACGCCCCCUCCCUCUGUGCACGGAGGCGGGCAGCGUCUGUGCCGCUGCUGCAUCAUCCUCUGACAGUGGAGGGCCAGGGGGGGCCACCUCUGCCUGCAGGUGCUGCUGCUCUGAGACCGGGACGGUGGCGGCAGCAAGUGGGGGAGGACCCGAUCGGGGGGGGAGGAGGAGGAGGAGGGGCUGGACCCACUCGACCGCUCCUGGUCACAUAACCAUAACGACACGGACGCAUCGCCGCCGGUCCCCCUGUCGGCUCCACCCGGCCCCCCCUCUUCCUCAUCCGCCAGGACAUCAGCAUGGAGGGACGACGAGGACGCUUCAUCAUCAUCUGCUCUUUUCCGUUUGGACAAAAGCCGCCGUUCCACUCCUCGCAGUCCGACUGCAGCGUGCCGUUUCCCGAGUCGAGGAAGGAGACUUGAUCCUGUGGGCCUGACAUCACGUGACCAUCCUGUCAUUCAUCCCGCUUCCAGCUACGGACACGCACGUGGACCAGACCGGCGUGGGGGAAUCUGGAGCCCAUCGAGAUCAGCAAGAAAACAGGAAGUAGAUCAACAGACCAUGUGACAUAGUUGUACAUCUCAGAUGUUUGUACAGUUUUUGCAAUGAGGACAAAAAAGACACUUCAUGGAGGUAGGCCAACAAAAAAAAUGUUUUAUGACUUUUUUUUUUCCUUUCUUGUUGUACAGGUGGUCCUCGGGUUAGCAACCACUGCCGCUGCUACCUAGCAUGUGACGUACGCGUCCAGUUCACGUUAAUUCCUAAAUCACGCAGGGCUGUCCAAAGCUCAGCACAUUCGAAAAAUAGGGUUUAGAAAAAAGAAGUCGUCAAUAUAAUAUUGUGAAAAUAUUUCACAAUAUUGUGAAAAAAUAUUAUAUUAAAUAUAAAAUAUUAAAUUAUUAAAUAAAAUAUUUUAUUAUAUUAAAUAUAAAAUAAUAUUAUUAUUAUUAUCAUUAUUAAAAAUGUUAGCAUAAAAUUUGAAUAUUUUACGUUUUUAAGAUGCAAUAUUAUGGGAAACAAACAAAAAAACAAGUCAUCCAGUGAUCAUAAUAUCACAGGAAUAAAUUCAUAAUAUGCGAAUUACGUCACAACACUAAAAGCGAUGGCUUUCCUUUUCCUUGCCGCACUUCAAGACAUGAAGUCCAAAAAGUUAACAAAUACGGUGGCGUGAAAAAGUGUUUGCACUCUUCCCGAUGUCUUAUUUUUUUGUAACACGUUUUUCUAACACACAGAUCAUCAAAUUAAAAAUAUUAGUCAAUGAUUACGCAACCCAACACAAAAUGAC